CCGCCGCGGCACCAGUGGUGGCUCCGCAUCUCCAAAAGGGGCCCUCCGACUCCUCGCUAGGGCAGUCCGGCGCCGGGUCGUGGAGCCCCGCGCAACUCCCACUGGCCUCUCAAGGGAUCCCUCCUCCAGAGUUUAGAGCAACUUUCCCCUCUUCCCCUGCGCGGCGGCGGCGGCUCGGGGACAGUGGCCACCUCAGGUAGCUGAACCCCGGGCCACGCUCCCCGCGUCUCGGCUGCGCGCGCGCGUCGGUCGCCCCGGGUCUCGGUGCACGCUGGGGAUCCCCGAGCUCGGCUCUGAGGGCGAGAUGCCCCUGGGACACAUCAUGAGGCUGGAUCUGGAGAAAAUCGCCCUGGAGUACAUCGUGCCCUGUCUGCACGAGGUCGGCUUCUGCUACCUGGACAACUUCCUCGGCGAGGUGGUGGGCGACUGCGUCCUGGAACGCGUCAAGCAGCUGCACUGCAACGGGGCCCUGCGGGACGGCCAAUUGGCGGGGCCGCGCGCCGGCGUCUCCAAGCGGCACCUGCGGGGCGACCAGAUCACGUGGAUCGGGGGCAACGAGGAGGGCUGCGAGGCCAUCAGCUUCCUCCUGUCCCUCAUCGACAGGCUGGUCCUGUACUGCGGGAGCCGGCUGGGCAAAUACUACGUCAAGGAAAGAUCCAAGGCAAUGGUGGCUUGCUAUCCAGGAAAUGGGACGGGUUAUGUUCGACAUGUGGACAACCCCAACGGCGAUGGCCGCUGUAUCACCUGCAUCUACUAUCUGAACAAGAAUUGGGACGCCAAGCUACACGGGGGGGUCUUGCGGAUAUUUCCGGAAGGGAAGUCAUUCAUAGCGGAUGUGGAGCCCAUUUUUGACAGACUCUUGUUCUUCUGGUCGGACCGCCGGAACCCGCAUGAAGUCCAGCCUUCUUAUGCGACCAGAUAUGCUAUGACUGUUUGGUACUUUGAUGCUGAAGAAAGGGCAGAAGCCAAAAAGAAAUUCAGGAAUUUAACGAGGAAAACUGAAUCUGCCCUCACUGAGGACUGAUUGUGCUCUGAAAUCCGCUGGCCUCAUUCAUUUUGGUAAUGGUUCCUGAGGUCUCUUGAAGAGUUGAGAUCCAAAGAAGGCCUCUUCCGUGACUCGGUGACAAGAAGCCCCCCUACUGCUUGUGUCAUUCACAUCCCUGUCUUACGUAUGGUACUUUGUGUUUUCUUGCCAAGACUGCAUCCACCUUCAGACACUCUCUUUGCCAGAUGAACUCAUUUGCUAACUCCAGAAAUACCUGCAGACGACCUAGCUGGCCAGCGGUUGAACUGAUAGAUUUCAAUAAUACUGGCUACCAACACAAGAUCCUGGAAGCAUGGGCAAAGGAAUGACUCUUACUUGCACUUUAUGUACACUUCCUGGUUUGAAAGGAGGAGGUUUGCAAAGAAAAACAAAAUGGCGACAGAUGCCGAGAGGCAUUCAUGAAGCCUUAACAGCAGGAAACAGAAAUUUGUGUCAUCUGAACAGUUUCCAGAUAUUCUUAAUCCCGGGCUUUUUUGGGGGGUUUCUGGAGAAUUAUCACAACCUAAUGACAUUAUUACCUCUAGAAAGAGCUGCUGUCAUUGUCAUCAAUUUAGAAGUAUCCUGUGGGUGGACACUCUCUUUUUCCUGGUCCUGUAACCUGGAUUUGCUGCCUGUGCCCCAUUUUGCUGAAAAUAGAGUUUUCUGGUCAAAGGUGAUCUACCAUCUAUUUUUUUUUUCAUUUGUUAGUUGAGAACCUAAUUCCCCAAAGGCAAAAACUAGACCUUAAUUGUUUGGGUUACUUUGUUGAAAUGGAAUUUGAAUUUCAAGCAAAGGGGAAAAGAACCCACUUGGUAGGUAGUUCAGAGGCAACAGCCUCUGGGAGCUGGUAUCAAAAGAUGUGGGUCUGCUAAUAUACUGUAAACCUGUGGGCAUCUUGGAUUGUCUGAGAAUGGCAGAGGGGUUGGAAAUGUAGGCGCUCCCGCAUUUCAGUUUUCCCUUUUAAUGAGCUCACCCUUCUUGUUUAACAGAAUGAGAAAAUAAGAAAAAAUGGGGUGUUGUGUUUUAAAAAGGAAAAUGAAAAAAAAUAAAUGAUCCCAGAAGACUAUUUUCUGUCCCUAGUAGCCUUUCUUUAACAAUUGACUCUCAGAUCUACUGUGGUUGGCAGUAUGUCCAGAACUAUGGAAUUUACCAGAAACGGGGAAGGUCCUACUACUGCAGUGCGCAAAGGUCCCACUGUCUCAAGAAUCCUGAAUUGCGCACCUAUCUUAUGAAAGUUAGUCUUCCUAGUUUUCAAUUCCAUUCUCAUGUUUUUAACUCCCAUUAAUUUCUUGCAUACAAAUCCCAUGAACAUGAAAGAGCCAGAAGUAUAUUCUUUUGUCAUUUAUAGAUAUAUAUACUUUCCAAGAAAGAAGCCCCCCCCCCCCAUUUCUGGUUUUGGAAAGUUCCCAGAUAAGACUUGUCUUCAUUCUCACAACUGCUCUAUUUUUUUCAUAGUGCUUAUCACCUUCUAACUUCCUAUGUAAUUUACUUAUUUAUUAUGUUUAUUGUCUCAUUUUCUUUCUCUAGAGUGUAAGCACAAUGAAGACAGGGAUUUUUGUAUGUUUUUAAUCAACGGAAUGUACUCCCAGCACCUAAAAUAGUGCCUGGCACAUUAAGGGCUCAGUAAAUACUUUGUUGAAUAAACUUGCUUUCCUACCUUAGCGUA